AUGGGACAGUGGAGUGACAGAGUAGGAAGGCACUUCAGCCUGUUUGUUUGCCUGUUUUUAUCAGGAUGCGGCUACUGUAUACUCGGACUGUACUCCUCCUUGGCUGUAUUGUUUGCUGGGCGUUUCAUUCUAGGUUGUUUCAAACAUAGUCAGACCAUUACAAAAGCCUAUCUUGCUGAUAUUGGAGCAGACCAUGAACGUUCAGCUUUGCUGGGAAACUUUAAUUCCUUUUCAAACAUAGGUUUUGUUGUGGGCCCUAUCAUUGGCGGGCAUCUGGCAGAAAUUAGCUUUAGCCUCGCAGCAUUUGCAGCAGGGACUGUCUUCAUAGGAAAUUCGGUGUUGAUAUGGUGGGCUGUCAGCCAUGAUCCAUCGGCGGAACGAACAUUACAUCAAACGGAUAUAGCUCUUAAGAAGGAAGACAAUUCAGUUCUCCCAAAGUUGGAGAGUGACGAAGUCAGGUCUGGUCAUGUGAUCACGCUGUUUAAAGAUAUUGACUGGGAAGAGCUCUGGGAUCUGUUCCUUAUCAAGUUUUUUUCAGGAUUCUCCAUGAUAUUAUUCCGCGGCAAUUUCACGCUGGUGCUGAAGGAGAAGUUCGAAGCAGGCCCUAAAACCAUUGGCUACAUAACUUCAUACAUGGGAGCAGUGGCUACCUUGUCGGGUUUUCUUAUAGGAAAAGUCACAGAUAGAUACAGAAGUACAGCCCAGUUGGUUCUCCACGUAGCCAUCCUUCAAGCCAUUACAUUACUCUGUCUGGCCCUCUCAACGUCCGUACACCUGCUGUUUAUUUACCUGACACUUCUAACGUUUGUCACCUCCCUGUCUCGAGUGGCUGGCACCUCUCUAACGGUCAGUCGCAGCGGGGGCAACACUAAAGUCGGCUCCGUGAUGGGUCUGAACCAAAGCGUCAUGUCUGUUGCCAGAAUGGCUGCCCCGUUUGUUGCCGGUAUUGCUCAGGAAUUCAGCGUGGAUGGGGCAUCGUUACUUAGCGUAACUGCGGCUACUGUUAGUGUUAUAAUUAUGUUACUGCGUCCACAAGAUCCGCAGGUUAGACAAAAAUUUAUCCGCAGUGAAUAA